AUGGGUGUACUCGCUAGGUGCCAGCUCGCCCGUUUGAUUACUCUCGCGUCCGCAGCCUACCAACUCGCGGCUGCUAUACAAGGUUUCAUUUGGCCAAAGAUCUUCUGGGACUUCCUUACUCCCUCCCUUGAUUUCGCCAUCAAGCCCUUCCCUUUGCUUCAAAUCGCCAACCUACCUACCGACGAGGAGAGGUAUGGAGCACAAUAA